GCUGCGCGCGCAGCCGGAGUCUUGUGACGUAAUUGGCGGUAUCGUAUGCGAAAAAGAAGCGCGAGCCAGAAGUCUGAGUGCUGAUGUUUCUGGUGUAGAAAGAGCGCAGUGAAGCACAUGUGCGGUGUGGAGAAGCAGGUUUUAAGAGCAGGAUUUGUUAAAAGAGCAGUGGAAUGUCUUGGUGGUCGCGCGGUGAGGAUGCAGAAUGUCAGGACACUGACUCCGAUGCAGCUGAACCAAAAGACUGCGGAAGAGUCAAAGUAAAGUGGACACAAGAUGAGGAUGAUAAUCUGCGAACGUUGGUCCAGAAUUUAGGAACGAGUGACUGGAAAUACAUUGCUGGAUUUCUACCAAACCGGUCAGAACAUCAGUGUCAGCACCGCUGGUACAAGGUUUUGGAUCCAGACCUUGUGAAAGGGCCUUGGACUAAAGAGGAAGAUGAAAAGGUUAUCGAGUUAGUGAGUAAAUACGGCAACAAGCAGUGGGCCAUGGUGGCAAAGCACCUUAAGGGCCGACUAGGCAAGCAGUGCAGAGAGCGCUGGCACAACCACCUUAACCCAGAUGUAAAGAAGUCCUCAUGGACUGCAGACGAAGACUUGAUUAUAUACAAAGCACACUGUGUGCUGGGAAACCGCUGGGCUGAGAUUGCCAAGCUGCUCCCUGGAAGAACGGACAAUGCAGUGAAAAACCACUGGAACUCCACCAUCAAGCGCAAAGUUGAGUCAGGGUAUUAUGCCGGAGUGGACACAACUCUUCCCCUCAUAGCCCAACCUGAAGAGGAAGACACUACCGUCCAGAACAACACUGACCUGCUGGAGGCGUUGUGCUACAGUGGUGGUCUGGAGGUUUCCUCAGUAGAGGUGGAGUCACAGGAGCCUGCAGAGUCUGAACCAAAGAAGGCUGAAACAACUGAAUCCCCAUCUCCUACGGCAACAAAAACGCCAACGACGCCCACAAAUGAGCCAGAGAGUGGGGCAAACACCAGCGUUCCAGCCUGGGUUAAUGAUGGCUCUGGCUUCCUCUCGCCUUCCGCAGCACCCACUCUGAAGGAGGUGAUGGAGUUAAUGGAAGGGGACCUCGAGGGCUGGUGUAACCUGGCUGACUUUGAGCUUCCUGAAGAGAACCAGAGUCCCGAAGUGCUUCAGUUCCGCCUGGAGGGCAGCGCCUUACAAGAGCUUAGCAAAGGCAGCAAGGGGGAACUCAUCCCCAUCUCCCCCGGCGGUGCCACACCACCGUCUAUCCUGGGCCGCCGCACCCGUCGUCGCAUUGCUCUCUCCCCGGAUGCUAACGACUCCAUGACUCCCAAAAGUACGCCAGUGAAGAACCUGCCCUUCUCUCCCUCCCAGUUUCUUAACCUAUGGACCAAACAUGACGCAUUCGAUUUGGAAAUGCCUUCUCUGACAUCCACUCCUGUGUGUAGCCAGAAGGCCAUCGUAACCACACCCCUGCACCGGGACAAAACCCCCCUUACUCAGAAGGAAAACUCUGUCUUCAUCACGCCCAAUCACAAAGCUGAUCUGGACAGAAUGCCCCGCACCCCGACCCCCUUUAAAAAUGCCCUGGAGAAGUAUGGCCCCAUAAGACCUCUGCCCCAGACGCCCAACCUUGAAGAGGACCUGAAGGAGGUUCUGCGCACUGAAGCAGGGAUUGAGCUCAUCAUAAAGGAAGAAAGUCCGGGACAGAAACGUAGACAAGUGCAUCGGCCCCCUAUGAAGAAAGUGCGCAAAUCGCUGGCCCUGGACGUCAUCGACUGUAAGGAAACUCGACCUCCUCGAUGCCUGCACCCCAAAACGGCUGCCAAAUCCAGCAGAAAACAGGCAGACCGGUCACUCAACACGUCCUCUCUCAACUUGUCGUAUUCGGUGAAGAAGGAGGAGAACGUUCUGGACCAGGGUUUUAUCCUUGGACCUAGCGAGAGUGGACUAACCAGCAAACAAGUACAGACCGACCCGCAAACUGCCCCACCUGCACCUAUGUCACCAGCUUGGGAAACAGUCGUAUGUGGACGAACUAAAGAUCAGCUGAUAAUGACGGAAAAAGCCCGGCGUUAUCUUCGGUCUCUGAAGACGCACACACACACACGAGCUCUGAUCCUGUCCUGAAACUAGUCUGUCCUUAGCCUUCGCACUCCUCUGGAAACUCAGUUAUUAAUUAUUGCUUCUAGUUUCUGUUACUGCAGAGUCUUGUGUUAAAAAAAAUAUGUAAAAUAUGUUGUUAAUAAUGUAAGUGUAAAAUUUAUUUGCGAGAAACAAAAAUUACAUGUAAUGGAAAUGGCUUGACAAAUGAGUAAUGGUGCUUUCAAUCUCAGGUUGUGGACCAGGUUUUGUUUGGGUCAGUCUAUCUCAGAGUUCUUUUUUUCAUGCCUUAGAAAUAACAGAAACAUGAUUAACUGGUGCUACCUUUAUCGAUACUGGUCAAGUUUUGUUGAAUUUAGUUUGUUUCAAAUUUCAUGUCUAGUUUGUUGUUAUUAAGUCCCAUCAAGUCGAUUCCAACUUUAGAAAGCCUUAUAGGUAGUGGUUCUCCUGAACAUCCCAAUAAUGAUAAAAGUUAAACAUUUAUUCUAAUAAAAUCAACCGGUAAACAUUCACACCCUGUAGAAAUGUACAUCUUGAAAAUAUUCCACACAUUUGAGAAUUUGUAUCAAUGUUUAUACAUACUUGUUAAGCCAUUCUCUGCAUUAAUUGUAUACAUGCUGUAAUUAAUAAUAAAAAAUAUAAAU